AUGUACCAUAUAGGUAGACUGCUCCAAUCAGGUUCAUUUAGUACUGUACAUUACGGUACUGACGUACGAACUGGAGAGGAGGUUGCUCUGAAGUUUGUCAAGAAGCCAAAAGGUAGUAAAGAGCAAUUGCGUAAGAUUACCACAAUGGUUUUCAAUGAGUAUGCAAUUUUAAAGCGAUUGGGAAAGCAUGAGAACAUAUGUAUGCUAAUAAAUUUUUAUGAGAACGCAGAUGCAUUCGUGUUUGUGUUGGAAUAUUGUGCAAACGGCGAUUUAUAUGACUUCAUAAAGUCUAUUCGUGAAAAACCUACUGUUACAAUUCACUUCCAUUCCCUAGUGUACCAGAUAUGCAACGCUAUUAGGUACUGCCAUUCUCUGGGUGUAUCACAUAGGGAUAUUAAGCCAGAAAAUCUGCUCAUUACUGCCGAAGGGCAAGUAAAGUUGACUGACUUUGGUUUGUCACACGUUGGGGGCAUGUCUCAGGAUUAUUGUAUUGGGACAGAGAAAUAUUUAGCGCCAGAGACGUUUUCUAGGCAGUACCAUAACACAUUUUCUACAGACUAUUGGUCCCUUGGAAUCACACUGUUAUGCACAAUGUUUGGUUCAUGUCCGUUUCUAAAAGCUACGACUUCAUUAACUGGGGAAAACGAAAACUUUGAGCUGUUUUUAGGGAAUCCUCGUCAAUUUAUCAAUUCAUAUUAUCUAGACCCAGUAUUGGCAAAGGGGGAUUCACCUGAAUCUUCCACGGGGUACAGACCAUUUAAAAAGAAGAGCAAAUACUCACGGUUUCGCGAUCCUGCUUACUGGCUACAGUUGCCAGGCGAUCGCGGGCUCACGUUGUGUGCCGUUGCUCACAUCGUGGUCUCACAUCUCCUUAACUUGGAACCUGCUCGUAGGAGUAUGUAUCAUUUUUGGACUAAAUUGGAUCAGAAGCUCUCUGAAAAUGGUUCUCCUUUAUCCCAACUUGAUAAUGAAGUGCUGGUCCAACAACAAAAAUUCCCAUUACGGUCUACUACCAAAUCCAACGAUUUAGAGAAUGAGGACAACACCGCUUUAUCACCAACAGAUUACGACUACGUCUCAUAUGACAGCAACAACGAAUAUAUAAAUCAUACAAAUGAUAGUAAUGGGUUGCUGAAUAAUCAUGCUCUGUCUUCACUUACACUUGGCGAUAUCCCAAUGCUUUCAAUGUGGCUGGAUGAGGCCCGCGCAGACCUGUUGAAAGAUAAUAACAAAAAGGAAUACGUUACUCCUGCUUCACUUACUGAUAUCAGCAAACGGCAAUCAUUCGAGUCUCCAGAGAGUCAAAGGACAAUGGCAAAUUCUAUUCCUAACAUACCACUCUCUGGAAGAGUUACUUCUUCAAUGGACCAAGGCUGGUCCUCGGUUGAGUUACCAGAAUCGUUAAAUGCCAUGGCUACGACAUCGAGCAGUAAUGCAGCAACAAAAUACAGCGAAUGGAUAUAUUGA